AAAAUGAAAAAAAAAAAAAAAAACUGCUUUUGGGCCGAAAGAUUAAAAAAAAAAAACUAAAAAAAAGUCCAAACUCCACAUAGGCUUUCUCUUAUCUUGGGCAGGGAAAGGCCGAAAAGAUCAUUGCCCAUUGGCAUGCUGUCAGCCCAGCUUCUGUUGGGCGGAAUUGGGUCAGGCCUACUAGCACCUCGCCUAAACUCUGCUUCAUCUCUCCUACAUGGCAGAUCGUCACCUGCACCCGGUGAGAGAGAGAUGGCCGGUCUGUUAGCAUGGGCGGCGGAUGUCGUCGGAGCUCAUGGUGGUAAUGAGAGUAACGAGGACGAAGAUGACCGGAGAAUCCCGAUCGUGUUCACCCCAGAGCAGCAAAAGUAUGCUCAAGAGCUGGACCAGAAGGCGGCCUCUCUCACCCGUCUGAUCCAAGAUCUACGCCUCAGGCUGCCUCCUUCUGACAUCUCCCAGCGUCUCCCUCACCUCCAUGCCCACUCCCUCGCCUCCAAUGCUGCCCUCGCUCUACAGCUUAAUGCUCACUCUACUACCCGCGAGCAGGCCCAGUUGAGAGAGGAGACAUUGCAACAAGAGAAUGCUGCAUAUGAAAGGGCUAUAUCGAAUUGUGAGAACAAAAUACAGGAAAAAAUGCAUGAAGCAGAUUCACUUCAGGCAAAGUUGAAGGAAAUGUAUGAGAUUGAGAAAAGUCUUAGUGCUGAAUUGGAAGAAAGCCAGGCUGCAUUGGAUGCUGGUCAGACUCAAAGGUCUGGUGAAUCUUUGGUUGAGUCCACAGUGAAAAAUGAAGAUGGAGAAGAAACAGAUGUGGCAAAAUCUGCUAUGCUAGACAAAUUAGAGGACAAGAAAAACGAAUUGAGUCUAAUGGAAGAGACUGUCCGAGAUUUAGAGGAAAAAUGGGCAAAAAUUCAGGACAAAGCUUUGAAGCUUCCUUCUCCAGUUCAAAGAGAGAAGGCAUUGGAUAAGCAGCUUCACAGCCUAAUUGAGCAACUAGCAGCAAAACAGGCACAAGCCGAAGGCCUUGUCAGUGAAAUUCAUUUGAAAGAGAGGGAACUAGAGAGAUUGAAUGCAUUGUGGGGGAAGGUUGAUGGUAGCAAUGCUGAGGCAACUACUGCCAGGAAUCGGUUGAAUCGAGUUGGAAGAGGCAAUACUGAAAAAGUAUCUGUUUCUGAUUAUUCUAUUGAUGCUCAUGACAAGCUUCCUUAUUGCACUGUUGGCCGAAAUGAGAAUCAACAGAGGCUUAUGCUACUCAGGUCUGCUUUUGUGCUCUACAUUUUCAUUCUACACAUCUUGGUCUUCAUCAAGAUCUCAUUUUAAAGAAAAUAUCCUGAAUACCCUGAAUCUCACAUCACACUGUUGGUUGCAUACUGAAACACGUUGCAAUUGUAAUAUGGCAGUCAAUUAUAACAUUAAAAGUUGUAUGUAUAUAUCAUACCAUGAAUGAUUAUUUGUUGUAUCUUUCUUCAAAGUUGAUCCAACAGCUGAACUUCUUU